AUGCCCGUUAAGACUCCCAGGAAACAGUUGAAGGUAUCAUUCAAGGUUGAUCCCAACCUUAUGUCACAUGUAUUGCGUCAUCAGCCUAAGUCGGCCACAGUUCUAUUUUUCAAAGAGAUUUCUGACCGUUUCGAACUAUUGGAACACGAUCCAAGCCGAAAACGAAUCAAAAAGCAUAUGGCCCUGCCAAAAUUGAACUGCCACUUCUUUUUACUACAGGAUGAAACCGAUAAAAGACAACUGAGCCAACUAUACAAUCGAGAGACCUUAAAAAGUCUAAUGAAGAAGCCUGAAUCACGUGAUUAUGAGCACGUGAUAUUUUCAUUUCAGGACCAUAUUUCAUUUUUCCGUGACUAUGAAAGGAGUAGAACUAAUAUUAAAGAAGAACGAUACAAGCAAUUUUAUUAUCUCGAUGAAGAAGAUGUUGUUAUAAAACGAUCUGAAGGACCCUUGGCACGGUUUUCGGGUAUAAAGACAGUAAAGAAGUAUAAAGAGGAUAAAAGGUCGCAAUGGUGCGAUCUUUUCGAGCCAAAAACGCAUAGAGAUAUAUUACAGCGAAGGAGGAUUCGAGAACAGAUGGAUAAAUGGAUUAUAGAGGCAUUUGAGAAGCUCAAAAAGGUAGACAAGGUGAAAAAAAUGGGUAUUUUGAGCAAGAAACGGCAUAAAAAGAUACGAUACACGGAUCACGAUGAUUUGGAUGACUUUAUAGUAGAUGAUGAAUACGAUGAGGUUGUAGAAAAGGCUAUCAGCGGGAAAUUUAUACCAUCUUUGAUCAUUUCUGGGCCUGCAGGCUGUGGUAAGACAAGCUCCGUAUAUGCCAUAGUGAAGGGAGAACUCGGGGGAGAAGUAUUUGAGUUCAAUUCAUCGCAACCAAGAGGUAAAAAAGACAUCAACUUCUAUUUGAAGCAGAUGGGUACGACCCAAACUGUAAAUCGUGGUAUAGCGAUGUCACGUGACCAAACAGCCAUUUUAUUCGACGAUGUGGACCUUAUAGAUGAUGAAGACGCAGAUAAAGAGUUUUGGAAUGGAGUUACAGACCUUCUCAGCUACACUUACAGACCAGUUAUAUUUACGACAAAUGAGUUGAACAAGAUUCCCGAGAAUAUUGUCGAUCAAUCAACCAUUUUGAAUUUCGAAAAUCCGUCACGUGACGUUUUAACACGUUACCUGAAUAGAGUGGCGGCCUGUCGAGGAUUCAGAUUUACAGACCACGUUUUGAGACAGAUGGAACGGGGCGGGUUGAGGGGCUCGUUGAUGCAAUUGCAGAUGCUUAGCUAUCGAUUCGAGAUGUUGGAGGUGGGAACUGUGAUUGUAGAGGCUGAAAAAGACGUUGUGAAGGAGAAACCUCUGGCUCAAUUGGACCUUGAAUACGAUCUGAGAUGGUGCGGGCUUAACGAAAUGUCACAUGAUCAGAAAUCAUCUGAUCGAGCAUCACCGUAUCAAUUGUCACGUGAUUCAAAAUGGUGCAAGGAGUAUUCUGAGAUUACUCUUGAUUUUUAUUCUUCGAAACUAUUUGACAGUGGUAGUAGGAAUAGGAAGGCACGGUAUUCCAGUGGAGAUGAUUAUCUGACAUUGAAUAUAGGGUCGAGUUUUGAACGACUCAGUAAUAGGAUAUUUGCUACGGAACUAUCACCUUUUAUUAGAUCGAUGGCCCAACAAGAAGCCAGCAGAAUUAAAUCUGGUUUAAAUCUGACAGAGAGAAGGUUUGAGAUGGAACCAAGUGAGAAAUUAGAGGUGUUAACGUGA